AUGAGGCUCGAUCAUUCCAUUGGCCAUGAUGAUGAAUAUGGCUUUCAACAAAAUCCAACGGUUGAUCUGUGGGACGACGCAUCCCAAUAUGCACCAACGCCCGGUAAUUUCUGCCGUUCGCCAGCCUCUCUAUCCGACAUAGGCUAUUCCAACGUUGACCCCGCACCCUCCAUUGAUUACGCCCCUCCGCAACAAACUUCUUUGCCCAAGAAUACCCUUCCACUACUCCAGUUUAGUGAUUGGGAAGAAGGUCGGACAUAUGAUGAAGAUCCACCGACCUGUAUACACUAUUUGAUUGAGUGGAAAGUCACUCUGAAUAAUAGAACAGUGGCAAAAAAUACAGAACAAGACCUGGUUCUAGCCCCUCGUUUUUACUGGAGACUCUUUCUAGAGCCAAAGCUAAAAGAACUCAUCAUGCGAAAGUAUUCUCAUCGGAAAGUUCAAACAGACGACACCUCUGUUGUCGUAUCUGCCACACGACAAAGGGGUAUUCCUCUGAGUUUUGAUGGAACCAAUAUUGAUUGGGCCUCUAUAGAGAAACAGCUGACUGAUUGGGGAGACUUGUUUCUUACUGGCAAGAAACUGAGACUCGUCAUUUCUUUCAAUUACAUAGAUAGCCAGAGUUCGACUGCUGGUCGCAGGACGACCGAUAAAAGAGGAUCUUCAUCCGCUACUCAGCACAUGCUUCGAGAACGGGACGAACAACUCUGUGUUGAGGAAGAAAUUUCCGGAGAACCCCCCGCUUGGAAAGCGGUAUAUGCUCUAAUACGCUGCCCUGGAUCUUGUGAAUUUGGCCCCCACUGUUGGCAGGAUCCUUAUGGGAAGAAGCACUACAAACUAUACCGGGAUCAACUAGAGAAUCUGGUGAAAUACGUGCAGAGUGGUGGGGUUUUACAAUCACAUGAAGAUGUCCCGGGUAUGAUUCGCGAACAAAUCUAUAGAGCGGAGAGGCAGCGGCUUGAAAGGCCUAGGUCUCACAAUCGUACUGCCUCUGAGACAAGCUGUCCCCCUAUUACUAUUACAAACGUCCUUCCACCACAAACGCCACAAGCAACCGCGUUAUAUACGUCGUUGCCUCCGGAAAACAGUACUAUGUCUCCCUUAGCAGACCUACCUGUCCUGCAUAUUUCCGGACUUCUGGACGUUGCCGUAAAGGAAUAUGGUACUUGGCAGCAGUCACGGUUGAGUGAUAAGAUAUUAAAAGCUGAGGUCAGAAAGGUGUGCGAGGUAGCUCUAGACGAUGGACUAGAUCUGUCGUAG